GGGAGUUAAUUACCCAGAGCCAAGAACCCAUUCGAGACCAUCUUUGUGCAAGUGAACUGCGGGCGUUUCGAUUUUUGGUUUCGCUCGGAGCGCGCUUUCUUAACUAUUAAUUGACCCCGCCGGUCAAUGAGUUUGGUGUAUAGGCGAUAGUUCGCAGUAAUGACGAUGACGGAGAGCCGCCAAGAUGAUGUUCCCGAGGAUGAGGCUGCGCCGGAGGAACAGAAGAAGGGCAAGUCCAAGGAGAAGGCCCAGCCAAUGAUUAGCUACACGCAGCUCUUUCGUUACAUUGGUGGAUGGGACUAUGUCCUGCUCCUGUCCGCCUUCGUGGCGGCACUACUCCAAUCCCUGGUCUAUCCCAUUGCCAUUGUGGUCUACAGCGAACUGGUGGCCAUGUUCAUCGACAGAACUCUCGGCCAGGGAACCAGUUCGGUCACCAUCGGUUUGUCCCUCUUUGGAGGCGGAAAGAUACUCACAAAUGCCACCUACGAGGAGAACAUGCAGGAGCUGCGCAAGGAUAGCGUAUCCUUCGGCAUACUCAUGACCCUGAACACCCUACUGAUGCUUUUCUCAGGAGUUUACUAUGUGGAUGCCUUCAACAGAUUGGCUCUGAAACUCACAGUCCGCAUUCGCAGGGAAUUUUUCAAGGCCACCUUGAGACAGGAGAUCGGCUGGCAUGACAUGGCCAAGGAUCAAAACUUUGCCGUUCGCAUUACAGACAACAUGGAGAAAAUACGCAGUGGCAUAGCCGAGAAUCUGGGUCACUACGUGGAAAUUAUGUGUGAAGUCAUAAUCAGCUGUGUUCUCUCCUUUAUUUACGGCUGGAAAUUGGCUCUGGCAAUCGUGUUUUAUAUACCCCUAACAUUAGUGGUCAACUCGGCAGUGGCCCAUUACCAAGGUAAACUCACGGGUCAGGAGCAAAGUUCUUAUGUGCGGGCCAGUUCUGUAGUUGAAGAAGUAAUCGGAGCCAUCCGGACUGUGGUGGCGUUUGGAGGAGAACGAACAGAGUCCGUGCGUUAUGAUACCCUCCUAAAACCCGCUCUUAGAGCUGGAAAAUGGAAAGGAGCCUUCUCGGGACUAAGCGACACGGUAAUGAAGGCCAUGUUGUUUAUCACUGGAGCGGGUUCCUUUUGGUACGGAGCCAAUUUGAUCCUCUUCUACCGGGAUCCAAGUAUUCCCAUCGACGAACGGGAAUACACACCGGCGGUUGUGAUGAUUGUGAUUUCGGGCAUCAUCGUAAGUGCCAAUCAAAUAUCCCGUACCUCUCCAUUUCUCGAGACUUUCGCCAUGGCUCGCGGAUCGGCAGCGGCAAUUUUGGAGGUAAUCGAUCGGACUUCCCUGAUUGAUCCCCUCUCGAAAGCGGGAAAAAUUCUCAAUAACGGCCUGAAGGGAACUGUUGAGUUUCGCGAUGUUUUCUUUCGUUAUCCCGCCCGCGAAGAUGUUAUUGUGCUGCGAGGUCUUAAUGUGAUCGUGGAAGAAGGUCAAACGGUGGCCUUGGUGGGUCCUUCUGGCUGCGGCAAAUCCACCUGCAUACAGCUGUUGCAGCGCUUUUAUGAUCCAGUUUUCGGACAAGUUUUAGUAGAUGGUGAGGAUGUGCGGAAGUAUAACCUCAACUGGCUGCGUUCCAAUAUUGCCGUGGUGGGUCAGGAACCGGUGCUCUUCCAAGGAACCAUUGGGGAGAAUAUACGUCAUGGAAAACCGGAGGCCACGCAAAAGGAAGUCGAAGAGUCUGCCAAGGCAGCCAAUGCUCAUGACUUUAUCAUAGCCUUGCAUAAGGGUUACGAUACAGACAUCAGCGAGAAGGGAGUGCAACUUUCUGGAGGUCAGCGUCAGCGGAUUGCCAUCGCCAGAGCUCUGAUCCAGCAACCCAAAAUUCUGCUUUUGGAUGAGGCCACCUCGGCAUUGGAUUACCAUUCCGAGAAGCUGGUACAGGCUGCUCUGGACAAGGCCUGCAAGGGCAGAACCACCUUGGUGGUGUCCCAUCGCUUAUCGGCCAUCAGACACGCUCAUCGGAUUGUUUACUUUGACAAUGGCAAAGCCGUGGAGCAGGGCACCCACGAGGAGCUGAUGAAGCUGGAGGGAUUCUAUCACAAAAUGGUCACCGUGCAUUCCUACGAUGAUUCCGCCGAGGAACUUUUAAAUGAACUUGAAGAAGUGGCCGAGAGCAAGGAGAGAAAGAUGUCCUAUGAGGCCGAACAGUUCCAACUGGGCACGCGUAACUCCAUCGUGUCGCUGGAGAAGAAUGCCGAGUUCCAGAUGAAGAACCUGAAUGGUCUGGCCAAUCCCACACUGAAUCAGGAGAUAGAGGAAACCGGUCCAACUGGAAAUUAUCUCCGCACCUUCUUCCGCAUUUUGGGUUGGGCACGACCCGAAUGGAGUUUCCUCAUCAUUGGCGCCAUUUGUGCGGGUCUCUAUGGCGUAACCAUGCCGGUGUUUUCCAUUAUCCUAGCGGAGCUAUAUGGUUCCUUGGCCAAACCCACGGAUGAGGAGGUUCUUGACCAGAGCGCACGUAUGGCCAUCAUCUCCCUGGUGAUUGGAAUUGCAGCUGGCGUGGUCUGUUUCAUCCAGACUUUCUUCUUUAAUUUAGCCGGAGUCUGGCUAACCAUGCGAAUGCGCUCCAAGACAUUCAGUUGCAUUAUGCACCAGGAGAUGGGAUGGUUCGAUCGCAAGGAGAACAGCAUUGGAGCCCUUUCUGCCCGACUUUCUGGAGAUGCGGCCAGUGUUCAGGGAGCUAUUGGUUUUCCCCUGAGUAACAUCAUUCAGGCAUUCACCAACUUCAUCUGCAGUAUUUCGAUUGCAUUUCCCUACUCCUGGGAAUUGGCUCUAAUCUGCCUGAGCACCUCGCCCUUCAUGAUAGCCUCGAUUGUAUUUGAGGCGCGAUUUGGGGAGAAAUCAGCUCUGAAAGAGAAGGCCGUUCUUGAGGAGACGAGUCGCAUAGCCACGGAGACCAUUACACAAAUUCGAACAGUGGCAGGACUUCGUCGGGAGGAGGAACUCAUAAAGAUAUACGAUAAGGAGGUGGAGCGAUAUCGAGUGCAGAUCCUCAGUCGUCUAAAGUGGCGAGGGCUGGUCAACUCCCUGGGUAAAUCCCUCAUGUUCUUUGGCUAUGCGGUGACCUUGACCUAUGGUGGACACAUGUGUGCCGAUGGCAAUAUCAAAUUUGAGACCAUUAUGAAAAUAUCCAACACUAUGUUGUAUGGCCUAUUCAUUCUGGCUCAAUCUCUUGCAUUUACACCUGCCUUUAAUGCCGCCCUCCUCUCCGCAAACCGCAUGUACGAGAUCAUUGAUCGCAAGCCACAGAUCCAAUCACCCGAAUCCUUCGAGAUCCAGCAGAAUGGCAACGGAGCUGCUUACAAGACGAAUGUCGUCCAACAGGGAGUUAGCUAUCGGGGUCUCAACUUUUCGUAUCCCUCGAGGCCACACAUCAAAGUCCUGCAAAACUUUAAUCUGGAUAUAACACAGGGUCAGACGGUGGCCUUAGUGGGUGCCUCGGGAUCUGGAAAGUCCACCUGCGUUCAGCUACUGAUGCGGUAUUACGAUCCCGAUGAUGGAAAGAUUCUUAUCGAUCAGGAGAGCAUCCACCACGAUAUGGAGCUGAAGACUCUGCGUCGUCGGUUGGGAAUCGUGUCCCAGGAACCUUCGCUCUUCGAAAAGUCCAUUGCCGAUAAUAUUGGCUAUGGGGACACCACACGGCAAGUGCCAAUGCAGCAAAUUAUUGAGGCUGCCAAAAUGGCCAAUGCCCAUGAGUUCAUCAUGUCCCUACCCGCUCAAUAUGAUACUGUAUUGGGCUCCAAGGGAACACAACUAUCCGGCGGACAAAAACAACGGAUUGCUAUUGCCCGGGCGAUGGUAAGGAAUCCCAAGAUCCUGCUGCUAGAUGAAGCCACCUCUGCACUGGAUUUCCAAAGUGAAAGAGUGGUUCAGCAAGCUCUAGACUCGGCGUGUUCAGGUCGAACGUGCAUUGUAAUUGCCCAUCGCCUGUCCACUAUUCAAAAUGCCAAUGUGAUUUGUGUGAUUCAAGCCGGAAAGAUAAUGGAGCAGGGAACUCAUGCGCAACUUCUGGCCAAAAAUGGCAUUUAUUCCAAGUUGUAUCGCAGCCAGACGAAAGCCUCGUGAAAAGACUUCCAUUAUAUCUACCAGAUUGACUAACCUUGGAAGUAUGCAGUAAAUAUUUCUUAGCUGUUAGUUGAGACACAAACCAAACUGUUUUUGGCCAUAAGGCAAUAAAUCGUUAGGGAUAGUUGUUAAAUAAAUAAAUAUAAAGAUAAACAA